GGCGUCAGUUGCGUACAAACAUUUGCUCGAACCGGUCGUCGUCGCGUUCGGGUCUCGGAUCGGGUUCGUUGGCUUUAUGCGAACGCAGUUUUGCGAGCACUGUCCGCGGAGUUGGCCAGUUGGCGUGAAAUUAAACGUGCUCGACGUGCCCAGGUCACGCAUGUGAGUUUCGUGCAUUGGCGCGGUGUGGGUACUGGAAGGAAAAUCCCACCCCGUACGUACCCGCUGAUUCCUCCAGCGGUUUCGUGUGGCUGACAGAGUGUGUGCCGCAACGGUGUGCUUAUUCGAUGCAAAUUGGGUGAUUGAGCCAACCAACAGUGUGCUUGUGAUAAUCGCCCAAAGUAAAGAAGUGGUGAAUUUGGUGCCCCGGAAAAGAACCACAAGCCCUUCCAUAAGUCAACCUGAAAACCGAAAACCGGUCCGAAGUGGUGCAGAAACUGGCGCAGUGCGCAAGAACCGUCUCAAGUAAAGUGACCGGCAAAGGCAAGUGGUCAGCCGUUGUCGAAAUACUGCUCGUGAAAAGGAAAGUUUUGUCAACCCCCCGCGACCAACUCCACUGGUGUGUCGCCACGACCGAAAGGGAGAGGUCUCGUAUGCAUCGCUUCAGUGUGGGCUCGGACAUUCUACAACAACUGCACGUGUAAGAGUGUAUCACAGCACACAACAGCAUCAUGAUCAAUCGACGAAAACCGUCCAUAACUGCAGUGGCAUGUGCGCUGUUCCUGCUGAUCGUAGUCAACAUGGAGCCCUGCUCCGGACAUGGACGCUUGAUAGAACCACCGAGUCGUGCAUCGGCCUGGCGUUACGGAUUCUCCACACCUCCAAACUACAACGAUCACGAGCUGUACUGUGGUGGCUUUAACCGGCAGUGGCAAAAGAACGAGGGCAAGUGCGGUGAGUGUGGUGAUCCGUUCGAUGCACCGAUCCCGCGGCCUCACGAGUUCGGUGGCAAAUGGGGCCAGGGUGUGAUAGUGCGAAGGUACAAACCCGGCACCACCAUCACGCUACGAGUCGAGCUGACAGCAAGCCACAUGGGCUACUUCGAGUUCCGCAUCUGUGACAAUGUGCAAGCGAAGCAAGACUGUCUGGAUAAGCAUCUGAUGAAGAUCGUCAGCGGUACACCGAGCAUACCCCAUCCGAACGAUCUGAAGACUCGAUUCUAUCCUCGCAACGGUAGCCGUAUCUACGAUAUGAAGGCCGAACUUCCAGCAGACCUAAACUGCAACAACUGCGUCGUGCAGUGGAAGUACGUCGCCGGCAACAACUGGGGCAUCUGUCCGGACGGUAACGGUGCCGUGGGCUGUGGUCCGCAGGAAGAAUUCCGUGCCUGUGCCGAUGUAAGGGUGAGCGAAAAGGAUGGCCAGGACAAUCGUACCCCGCUACGACCGGGACAGAAACCGACACCGACCCGCGCGCCCGACUCCAGCACGGAACCGUCCGAGGGCGAAGAGCCGAUCGAGGAGCCACCGAAGGGCAUCAAGUAUAUGGGCCCACUGGUGGCGAUUAUGUCGCUUUUUCUGGUCCUAUGUGGAUUUGCUGCACUUUAUAUUUAUCACUAUCAUGGGGGGCGGAUAAAGGCACUGAUGCGCUGGAACCGGGAAAAGACGCAGAAAGGGGGCCACGCAGCCGAAACGAUCGCAAAUCUUGCCACGGCACCGUCGCCGUACGGCGAUGUGGAAGCCAACGCACCGGUACCGCCACCGAGGAUGAAACGAAUUUCGAGCCAGAUUCGCGACAUCGAUGCCCAGGAGUCGAGCGUACUGUCCGGCAGUACCAAGCACCAAUCGCCGCUAGAUAUUCAAGUUAGCCGGAAACCGAGCGGGACGGACUGAGCGUGGAAUGAGCAUGUUAUAAGGUUUUAUUUAUUUGUACCACAGUGCGUACCAUUUUGCAGCGUCGGACAGCCGGUUGUCACGGCCGCGGCCGUUGGUUAAAAAGCUCCGAACACAAAGUAGAAUAAUUGGAGUAGUGUUUUCCACGCCCUCGGAGCACGAUUUUUUGGGCGUUCAGCAGUGUUUAUCGUUCGAGAUAACAGUUUUUAUGUUAAUUCUGUACGAUUUUCUUUAUCAUGCACAGCGCAAAACGGGGGCGCAACAGUAUAGAAAGCGUUAAAGUAGUAAUGAAAAUACGUGAAUAAAGCGACCAAUUUAAAACAA